UUGGCCGGCGCCGCGACAAGAGGCGAGACGAGACGAGAGCCACAGCGACGAACCCCAACCAUCGUCUGCGUGUCCAUUUCCAUUCCUCCCCAUCCAGGUUGUUCGCUCCGUCCGACAAGCAACCUAGAGAAGAUGGCGCCGCCGCCGCCGCGCCGACGACGGAUGCUGUCGCUGCCGGCGGUGUGCCCGUGCGAGGCCAUCGCGCCGGCGCCGCUGCUGGCGUCGCUGCUCUCCCUGGCCGCGGGCGUCGCGGGUCUCCCCGCCGCCGCCGACGUGGACGCGCUCCCGGCGCUCCGUGGCGCGGCUAGCGAGGCCGUCCGGAUCGCCGGCCUCCUCCUCGCGUUCCUCGACGGCAUCCGCGUCCCGGACGACGAGGCAGAGGCGGCCCCGGCCGUGCUCGUGCUGGGGCUCUCGGAGCUGCACGUGGCGCUGCAGAAGCUGCGGCUCCUGCUCGCUGACUGCGCCCGGAAGGGGGCGCGCCUGUGGGUGCUCAUGAACGCGGACCUGGUGGCGUCCGAGCUCCGGGUGAUUCUGGGCUCCGUCGCCACGGCCAUGGACGUGCUGCUGCCGGCGGGGGACGUCAUCAGGGCGUCCCCCGACGCCGAGGAGCUCGCGGGGCUGGUGUCCCGGCACGCGCGGCGCGCGGCGGCGCGGCUGCGGCCGGACCCGGACGACGACCGCGCGGCGCGGGCCGUGCGCUCGGUGCUCGCGCGGUUCGCCAGCGGCGCCACGCCCGACGCCGAGGACGCCAGGCUCGUCCUCGACCGCGUCGGCCUCGUCACCUGGUCGGACUGCGCCGAGGAGGCCGCGUUCCUCGAGGCCGAGCUGCUGGACCGCCUGGAGACCGGCAGCGACGACGACAACGACCUCGUGCUCAUCACCGGCCUCAUGGCGUUCCUGCUCUACUGCCGCGUCGUCUUGUUCGACCGCAUUGAUGAUUCCGGUUCAGGCAAGGUCGACAAGGCCGCCGCCACGGCGGGGAACAGGGUCACCCCGCCGAGGUUCAACCUCAGCGUCAACCCGGAGGCGCUGCAGUGCCCGAUCACGCUGGAGCUGAUGACGGACCCGGUCACGGUGGCCACCGGCCAGACGUACGACCGCGCGUCCAUCAAGAAGUGGAUCAAGAGCGGGUGCCGGACGUGCCCCGUCACCGGCGAGAGGCUCCGCAGCGCGGAGCUGGUGCCGAACGUGGCGGCGCGCGGGGUCAUCGAGCAGCUCCUCCUCAGCCGUGGCGUCCCUCUCCACGAGCCCAGCAGCAAGCACCGGUACGCGGUCGACAAGACCGCCACGCCGUUCGGGGCCGCCGCGGCCGGCGGCGUGCGCCUCUCCGCGGCGUUCCUGACGGCGAGGCUGUCCAGCGGAGCGCCCGAGGCGCAGCAGAGGAAGGCGACGCACGAGGCCCGCAAGCUGUCGAAGCGGAACGUCUUCUACCGGGCGUGCCUCGUGGAGGCCGGCGCCGUGCCGUGGCUGCUCCACCUGCUCUCCUCCAUGGACGCGUCCGUGCAGGACAACGCCGUGGCGGGGCUGCUGAACCUGUCCAAGCACCCCGACGGGCGGCGCGCGCUGGUGGAGGCCGGCGGGCUGGGUCUCAUCGUGGACGCCGUGAACGUGGCCGCCAAGGUGGAGGCGCGGCAGAACGCGGCGGCCGUGCUGUUCUAUCUGUCGUCCAACCCGGAGUACUGCGAGGAGAUCAGCCGCAUCCCGGAGGCGAUCCCGACGUUGGUGCGCCUGGCGCGCGACGGCGCGUACCGGGGCCGGAAGAACGCGCUGGUGAGCCUCUACGGGCUGCUCCAGUGCGCCGACGCGCACGGCAAGGCGGUGUCUGCGGGCGCAGUGGACGCGCUCGCCGGCCUGAUGCUGGCGGGGCGCGCGUCGUCCACCGGCGGAGACGACGACGACCUCGCCGUCGACGCCGUCGCGCUGCUCGCGAGGCUCGCGGAGCAGCCGGCGGGGGCGCGCGCCGUGGCGGCGAGCUCGGAGCUGGUGACGAGGCUGGUGGACUUCCUCGGCGAGGCGGCGUCGCGGUCGGCCAGGGAGCACUGCGUGGCGCUGCUGGCGUCGCUGGGCCGGCACUGCGGGGACAAGGUGCUGGCGCUGCUGGGCAAGCUGCCUGGCCUGACGCCGGCGCUGUACGCGCUCAUCGCCGACGGGACACCGCAGGCGGGCAAGAGAGCGCGGUGGCUGGUGAAUGAGAUCCACCGCCACUACGAGCAGCGCCAGACUCCGGCGGCGUCCGCGCCAGCGCCGGCGACCGGCGACCGUGUCAUCCGUGUAUAGGUGUUGUGUAUAUUAUAUGGCGACCAAAGUUUGUUCUUUUCCCGGCUCGAGUUUUUUGAAGAGUCGGGACGGGAUCUCAUCUGAUAUUGAUUUCGUGUGGUGAGGCGUACAAAACCAAGCCAAAUACAAAUGUACAGAGAGCACUUUUUGUGUCUGAUAUUUGUGUACCGCAAAUAUAUGAAUGAAUGUACAGAGAACAGUUGUAAAGACAAAUGGUUCGCGAUGAUAGUGUGCUGUUUUUGUC